UUGCUUACUAUGCUAUUGCUGAAUGUUGUGUGGUGAAUGCUAUUAGGGACGGCAUGAAUUUGGUGCCUUACAAGUAUACUGUGAGCAGACAGGGCAGCCCUCUUCUUGACAAAGUGUUGGGCGUCGGUGAAGAUAAGAGUGCUUCAAGGCAUAGCGUUAUUAUUGUAUCUGAAUUCAUUGGUUGUUCUCCGUCUCUAAGUGGGGCAAUUCGGGUUAAUCCCUGGAAUGUUGAUGCUGUGGCGGAUGCCAUGAGUACAGCAAUCCAAAUGUCGGAGGCAGAGAAACAAUUGCGUCAUGAGAAACAUUACAAGUACAUUAGCUCACAUGAUGUUGCUUAUUGGGCAAGGAGCUUCGAACAAGACCUUGAGAGAGCUUGUCAUGAUCAUUACAACAAGAGGUAUUGGCCGGUGGGGCUUGGUUUGGGAUUCAGAAUUGUUGCUUUGGGACCUACCUUUAGGAAACUAAUGUUGGAUCCUAUUGUCUCUGCGUAUAAGAUGACAAGUAGCCGGUUAAUCCUGCUGGACUAUGAUGGCACCAUGAUGCCACAGGGUUCAAUGGACCAAAGGCCAAGUAGCAAUGUUAUUUCGGUUUUGAAUUGUUUAUGCAGUGAUCCGAAAAACAUUGUUUUUGUUGUGAGUGGUAGAGGCAAGGAUCCCUUAGCUGAUUGGUUCUCUCCAUGUGAGGAAUUGGGCAUUUCGGCGGAGCAUGGUUAUUUUACUCAGUAAUGCUACUGCAACUUUCUUUCAAAUUUUCUGGUCUUUUUUUUUUUUGUUUCCGGUUUUUGUGAUUGAUUUGUUUUGAUAAUUUCCUUGUCUUUGUUGUUAUGUAAGUGGAGUAGGGAUUCUCCAUGGGAAACUUGCACAUUGACUACUAAUUAUUGGAAGAAGGUUGCAGAGCCUGUGAUGAAGCUUUAUACAGAGACGACUGAUGGUUCUUACAUAGAACAGAAAGAAACUGCGCUGGUGUGGCAUCACCAAGAAGCUGACCCUCAUUUUGGUUCAUGCCAGGCUAAAGAACUUCUUGAUCACUUAGAGAGUGUCCUUGCAAAUGAGCCUGUGGUUGUCAAGAGGGGACAGCACAUAGUUGAGGUGAAACCACAGGGAGUAAGCAAAGGCACUGUACUGGAGGAUCUUAUCUCAACCAUGAGAUAUAGGGAGAAGUCACCAGACUUUUUGCUGUGUAUUGGAGAUGAUCGUUCGGAUGAGGACAUGUUCGAGAGUAUUGCAAGCUCGGUUAUGAACCCAUCAUUGCCUGCCAUAGGAGAAGUUUUUGCUUGCACAGUUGGCCAGAAACCGAGCAUGGCAAAAUACUACCUGGACGAUACAGGAGAAGUCAUCAAGUUGCUUGAAAGCCUUGCUGGUUCAUCUGGACAAACAAAGAGCCCAUAGUAUGUGUAUCUGCUGAUCAUAAAAAAACAAAAAACAAAAAAAGAAAAGAAAUGUUUGUUAAAAUGAGGCUGGUUCAUUUAUAUGAUCAUUGAUGUUUAGGAGGAGCAGGUUAUUGGUUUAGGACAAAUGUUACAGGGCAGCCUUGUACAGAAUAUAGUCUGCUUUUACAGGACCUCAGAAAUUGAAUAUAUAGAAAAUUUAGCCA